CAUGUUUAUAUCAUCUUCGUUCGGAUUUGCUCUUAAAAUUCACACCUACGCCUGCGUUUAAGUAAAUAUGGAUUUUUAUUACUCGGAACAAAACUUUAUUUAAACAUCACCAUGGAAACAGAUUAUGUUGAGACAAUAAGACGCCUGUUGGCACGUAUAAAAGUACGGAGGCGGUCAACAGUGCAGAUGCUGGCAGCCAGACAUAGCUCCCGCCGUCCCUCAAGUGAUGUUUUUUUGUCGCCGACGUCUCUUACAGCCCUUACUGAAAGAAGAACGUCACGCGAGAAGUCAACCGGAAGUUGCAGCAGGUGGUCAGGCGAAAGCCAGGUGUUUACCGACGAUAUCAGUAAUAAAUUCCCUUGCAACCAGGAACUAACCACACAGAACAAGCUAAGAAAAUACAGCUUGUCUCGUGCACCACCGAACUCACCGCUCACGUCGAAUGAACAGCCGUCCGCUGUCAAGAAGUCAGUUUCAGAUGCCCAAUUCGUAUUUGGGAAGGACUAUCAUUGCCAUUCAUCGACAGAUCUUCAGAGCUGCAGUAGCGAAGCUUGGCCACCAACCCCACCGCCCACCAUAUGCAUUUCUCCCGCGACAGAAGACAUCAAUGACAAAGGAGACAAAUCCCCUCGGAAGAAGCUCUCCUCGUCCUUGUCUGCUCCCCUCUCCCCGAGACCCGCCAGUGACGAACAGAGAACUAAAGUGUGUCAGGACAUGCAGAUGAAACUUGACGUCAUUAAAGCUGAUUUGCUGGCAAUGCAGAAAGGUGACCAGGACCUGGCGAAAAAGCUUCUGUGCAUUUAUUCAGAAAUCCAGGCUAUUAAGACGAGUAGAUCGUGUUUCAAGUACAGCGAACUACUUGGCGAUGCGUUUUACGAGGCGGAAGACGCGGAGGAACUUUCUAAUAUGUGUGAUGCGGCUCCGAUAUCUACGAAUAAACUUCUUGUUAGCAGGGGCGUUACAAAUUUUAACAUUUCGCCUAGACGAUUUUCUUGCUUUUAGUUAUAUCUUAAAAGUAACUUAGUUUUAACGUAUUUAGAAAAAAGGCAUUUAAAAGUUUGUAAAUGUAUAUUCAUGUACUAUUAAGCAUUCCAUUUUUAAUAUGUAUGUAAUAAUAUGUAAUCUUAAGUAAGGGCGUUGCAAAUGAAUACCUAAUAGUCAAACUGAACUUGAAUGUAUAGAAAUGCAUAAAACACUUACAUAACGUUUUUUCAAAUCGCAAGUUUGGUUUAAAAUGUUUUAUAAUCGUUGUUUAUCAGUGAAAUAAUUUUCAACAUUACAAUCGAACCUCGAUGGCUCGAACUCCCAGGGACCGGCGAAAAUACCUCGAGACUCGAAAAAUCGAGCCAACCGGGAAUGCUUACCUUCAUUAUAAAGAAAUCAGUCCUUUACAUCUAGUUCGACCCAACGAGGAAUUCGAGCCAUACGAGUUCGAGCCAACGAGGAAUUCGAGCCAUACGAGUUCGACCCAACGAGGAAUUCGAGCCAUACGAGUUCGACCCAACGAGGAAUUCGAGCCAUACGAGUUCGACCCAACGAGGAAUUCGAGCCAUACGAGUUCGAGCCAACGGGGUUCUACUGUAGUUGUUUAAUAUAUUUCCGGGUUUUCCCUCGGAAAAUGCUGCCACUGAGACACAAGUUUCAGCUCGCCUUUGUUUCUGGAAGAGUUGUGAUAGACUUGAUGUCGUUCUUGUCGUCUGCGUCGUUGUGCAGUUUUAAAAUCGGCCAUGACUAAAAGACCAACGUUCAGGAUAUUUCAAUAUAACUUGGUAAACAUGUUGCCAGAGAAACGAACAUGUGUAGCAGGGUCCAAAAAUUCUGUUUUUAAGUAUUAUUCUUGAGUUGUUUUCGACUAAAAUAGGCGCUGGUGUUCGCUUUGCAGAGUUCUUGUUCAAAUGUUACUCGUAUAUAUAAUCAAUAUACAUGUAAACAUACAUUUUGAGUGAAAAACCUUUAACUUUUAACAAAAUUAUGCAUUUAUGGAAAAUUUAAAUUACUGAUAACAAGAUUGUAACCGUGUAUUUAAAAACUAAAAACGCACAAAUAUUAAAUGACUGAUUGGUACUAAAAGAUUUACGGAAAUCAAUGAUCGUCUCCUUAAAAGAGUUUGGGUGAAUGCCCUUGAACCCAUUUUUCAUACUAAUGAGAAAGCGGUUAAAUCAAAAUGGAUUAUGAAUUAUGUCACGUGCAACAUUUAAACGUGUUGCUUUUCUGACAAACCGAAAGUGAACAUGAACUGGUGACUCCUUCGGAAGCGUUCGAAUGCGAUUCACAUGGACUCUCCCAAAUAUUCACGAGGGUCAACG